CAGAUCCAGAGGGUUGGUCAGAAGGAGCAUGGGGUUAAAUGUGUUAGAAGGUUUGGGUGAUCUUGAGAAGGUCAUCAAAAUUCAAGGUGCAAUUAGCCCGAUGGAAGUUCAAGGAGCUGGGUUAGGUACAAUCGACAGUGUUUUAAGCAAAGAGAGGAGGAAUGGGCUAAGAAUUCUAUACUUGAAUGCGCGUAGUGUCAGAAAUAAGACAGAUGAGCUUGAAGCUCAGAUGAAAAUGGGGAACUACGAUAUUGUUGGGAUAACGGAGACAUGGCUGCAAGGGGAUCAGGCCUGGGAAUUGAGUGUACCAGGGUAUACGUGCUAUCGUAGAGACAGAAAUAUGGGAAGAGGGGGUGGGGUGGCCCUGUUGGUGAGGAAUGAGAUUCAGUCCUUAGCAAGAGGUGUCUUGGGAACAGGGGAAGUAGAGUCUGUGUGGAUUGAGCUGAGGAACAGUAAGGGUAAAAAGACCCUAAUGGGUGUUGUGUACAGGCCCCCAAACAGUAGCGUGGAUAUUGGGUACAAGUUGAUUAGGGAGUUAACAUUGGCAUGUGCUAAAGGUAAUGCAGUCGUUAUGGGAGAUUUCAACAUGCAGGUGAACUGGGAGAAUCAGGUAGGUGCUGGACCCCAGGAUAGGGAGUUUGUGGAGUGUCUAAGGGAUGUAUUUUUGGAACAGCUUGUGCUUGAGCCAACCAGGAACGAGGCUAUUUUGGACUUGGUGAUGUGUAAUGAACAGGAAUUGAUAAGUGAUCUUGAAGUAAAGGAGCCAUUAGGAAGUAGUGAUCAUAACAUGCUAAGUUUUUAUCUACAAUUUGAGAGGGAUAAGGGCAGAUCAGAGGUGUCAGUGUUGCAAUUAAAUAAAGGAGACUACGGAGCCAUGAGGGAAGAGCUGGCCAAAGUUAAAUGGGUGGAUGCCCUGGCAGGAAAGACAGUGGAUCAGCCGUGGCAGAUAUUCUUGGGCAUAAUACAAAAGAUGUAAAAGCAGUUCAUUCCAAUGAGAAGGAAGGAUUCAAAGAGGGGGAAGGGGUCACAGUGGUUGACAAAGGAAGUCAGAGAUUGUAUAGCAUUAAAGAAAAAGAAGUAUGACAGGGCUAAAAUGAGCUGGCCAAAGUUAAAUGGGCGGAUGCCCUGGCAGGAAAGACAGUGGAUCAGCAGUGGCAGAUAUUCUUGGGCAUAAUACAAAAGAUGCAAAAGCAGUUCAUUCCAAUGAGAAGGAAGGAUUCAAAGAGGGGGAAGGGGCCACAGUGGUUGACAAAGGAAGUCAGAGAUUGUAUAGCAUUAAAGAAAAAGAAGUAUGAUAGGGCUAAGAUGAGUGGGAAUACAGAUGAUUGGGAAAGUUUUAAGGAACAGCAGAUCUUAACUAAAAAAGCAAUACAGAGUGAAAAAAUCAGGUAUGAGCUCAGUCUAGCCAGGAAUGUAAAAGGGGAUAGCAAAAGCUUUUUUAGCUAUGUGAAGAGAAAGAAGAUAGUUAAGAACAAUGUUGGCCCCUUGAAGAAUGAAUUGGGAGAAAUUGUUAUGGGAAACAGGGAAAUGGCAACAGAAUUUAAUGCGUACUUUAGAUCUGUCUUCA